AUGGAGAAAUUUCAGGCUGCGAUGCUGCUGGGCAGUGUCGGGGACGCUCUCGGUUACAGAAACGCCCGCAAGGAGAACAGUGCCUCAGGCACGAAGAUCCAGGAGGACCUGCAGAAACUCGGGGGGCUGGACCACCUGGUGCUCUCACCGGAGAAGUGGCCUGUGAGUGACAACACCAUCAUGCACCUGGCGACGGCCAGGGCCCUCACCACAGACUACUGGUGCCUGGACGACCUGUACCGGGAGAUGGUGAAGCACUACGUGGAAGUGCUGGAGAAGCUUCCAGAACAUCGAGCAGACCCCGCUACCAUUGACGGCUGCUCGCAGCUGAAGCCGGAUAACUAUCUCCUUGCCUGGCACACACCUUUCAACGAGAAGGGUUCGGGGUUUGGAGCUGCCACCAAAGCGAUGUGCAUCGGCAUGCGGUACUGGAAGCCCGAGCGGCUGGAGACCCUGAUCGAAGUCAGCAUCGAGUGCGGCAGGAUGACGCACAACCACCCCACAGGCUUCCUUGGGGCCCUAUGCACAGCCCUGUUUGCAUCUUACGCCAUACAAGGCAAGCCGCUGGAGCAGUGGGGGAGAGACAUGAUGAAGACGGUCCCGCUGGCUGAAGAAUAUUGUAAGAAGACCAUCCGGCACCUGGCAGAGUACCAGGAGCACUGGUUUUACUUUGAAGCUAAAUGGCAGUUUUACUUGGAAGAGAGGAAGCUCAGUGAAGACACCGAAAGUAAAGCCGCCUUCCCUGACCAUUACGAUGCAGAGGAGAGGGACAAGACCUACAAGAAAUGGAGCUCAGAAGGCCGAGGCGGGCGACGGGGCCAUGAUGCCCCCAUGAUUGCCUACGACGCUCUCUUAGGAGCCGGGAACAACUGGACAGAGCUCUGCCACCGGGCCAUGUUUCAUGGAGGUGAGAGUGGAGCCACGGGGGCCAUCGCGGGCUGCCUGUUCGGACUGCUCCACGGCCUGGUUGCUGUUCCCGAAGGCCUGCACCAGGAGCUGGAGCACAGGGCGGAGCUGCUGCGCCUGGGCGAGGCUCUCCACCGCCUGUCCACGGAGGAGAAGUAAAGCCACCUCCCCUGCCAGGGAGCCCUCCCAGCCCCGGGGCCCCAGGGGAGUCCACGUGCAGCUCCCCGACUCUCCGCGCACUGAGAGCUCA